GCUUCCCGGGGCGGAGCGGGGCGGAGCGGGCCCAGGGCGGGGGCUGCGCAGAGCUCCGCGGCCCCGCGCUCGCUGUCGGGGCGGAGGGAGCCGGGCGCGGCCGCGGCGCCGCCGCAGAGCCCCGUGCCAGCCCGAGCGGCUGCCCUGCAUGAGCUCCUGCACAGCCGGCCCCUGGAGCUCGCAGCCGCUCCCGGAGGCGGAGCACCGUGGGCACGGGGAACUGACGUGAGCCCCGCCGCGGCGGCCCCAGAGGCGAGGAGGGGCGCAGGGACGAGGGACGCUCGGUGUGAAGGUGUAUGCUGUUGUAAAGGUACCUGGAGAAGUCUGGAGCAAUGCCACCACCUUCAGACAUUGUGAAAGUGGCUGUUGAGUGGCCAGAGGCCAAUGCCCAGCUGCUGGAAAUAGAUCAGAAAAGGCCUCUUGCAUCCAUCAUCAAGGAGGUCUGUGAUGGGUGGUCCUUGCCAAACCCUGAGUACUACACGCUGCGUUAUGCUGAUGGUCCUCAGCUAUACAUCACAGAGCAGACUCGCUGUGACAUCAAGAAUGGAACUAUCCUACAGCUGGCAGUCUCCCCGUCCAGGGCAGCUCGCCAGCUGAUGGAGAGGAUCCAGUCCCACAGCAUGGAAGCCCGGCUGGAUGCCAUGAAGGAACUGGCCAAACUUUCAGCAGACAUCACCUUUGCCACAGAGUUCAUCAACAUGGAAGGGAUUACAGUGCUGACACGGCUUGUGGAGAGUGGGACCAAGCUUCUAUCCCAUUACAGUGAGAUGUUGGCUUUCACCCUGACUGCCUUCUUGGAGCUCAUGGACCACGGUAUUGUCUCCUGGGACAUGGUCUCCAUAACCUUCAUCAAACAGAUUGCAGGCUAUGUGAGUCAGCCCAUGGUGGAUGUGUCCAUCCUGCAGCGCUCCCUGGCCAUCCUGGAGAGCAUGGUGCUCAACAGCCAGACUCUGUACCAGAAGAUUGCAGAGGAGAUCACUGUGGGGCAGCUCAUUUCCCACCUGCAAGUCUCAAACCAAGAGAUUCAGACAUAUGCCAUUGCCUUGAUCAAUGCCCUCUUCCUGAAGGCACCUGAGGACAAGAGACAGGACAAGCUGCUUAACCCACUAGACCUGCCCAUCACUGAAAUGGCUAAUGCAUUUGCCCAGAAGCACCUGAGGUCUAUAAUCCUAAAUCAUGUGAUCAGAGGAAACCGCCCCAUUAAGACAGAAAUGGCACAUCAGCUCUACGUCCUGCAGGUCCUGACCUUUAAUCUCCUGGAAGAGAGAAUGAUGACCAAGAUGGAUCCCAAUGAUCAGGCACAGAGAGACAUCAUAUUUGAGUUGAGAAGAAUUGCAUUUGAUGCAGAGUCUGACAGCAACACGGUCCCUGGCAGUGGAACAGAGAAACGCAAAGCCAUGUACACCAAGGACUACAAGAUGCUGGGAUUCACUAAUCACAUCAAUCCAGCCAUGGAUUUUACACAGACUCCUCCUGGGAUGCUGGCAUUGGACAACAUGCUUUACUUGGCCAAAUUUCAUCAGGACACCUAUAUCAGGAUUGUCCUGGAGAACAGCAGUCGAGAGGAUAAACACGAGUGUCCCUUUGGGCGCAGUGCCAUUGAGCUCACCAGGAUGCUCUGUGAGAUCCUGCAGGUUGGGGAACUCCCCAAUGAAGGCAGAAAUGACUAUCACCCCAUGUUUUUCACCCAUGACCGUGCAUUUGAGGAACUGUUUGCCAUCUGUAUCCAGCUGUUGAACAAGACCUGGAAAGAAAUGAGGGCGACAGCAGAAGAUUUUAAUAAGGUUAUGCAGGUUGUUAGGGAACAGAUCACAAGGGCUCUCCCCUCUAAACCAAAUUCCUUGGACCAGUUCAAGAGCAAACUGCGCAGCCUGAGCUAUUCAGAGAUUCUGCGGCUACGCCAGUCUGAGAGAAUGAGCCAAGAUGACUUCCAGUCUCCACCUAUUGUGGAGCUGAGAGAGAAAAUCCAGCCUGAGAUCUUGGAGCUGAUAAAGCAACAGCGCCUGAACAGGCUUUGUGAGGGAAGUAGCUUUAGAAAAAUUGGAAAUCGCAGAAGACAAGAAAGAUUCUGGUAUUGCCGCCUGGCUCUGAACCACAAGGUGCUACACUAUGGAGAUCUGGAGGAUAAUGCACAAGGGGAAGUGACCUUUGAAUCUUUACAAGAAAAAAUUCCAGUUGCAGACAUCAAAGCCAUUGUCACAGGGAAGGAUUGUCCACACAUGAAGGAGAAAAGUGCACUGAAACAGAAUAAGGAAGUGUUAGAAUUGGCCUUCUCCAUAUUAUAUGAUCCCGAUGAGACCCUGAACUUCAUUGCACCUAACAAAUAUGAGUACUGUAUCUGGAUUGAUGGGCUCAAUGCUCUCUUGGGGAAGGACAUGUCCAGCGAGCUGACCAAGAGUGACCUGGACACGCUGCUGAGCAUGGAAAUGAAGCUGAGGCUCCUGGACUUGGAGAACAUCCAGAUCCCCGAAGCGCCGCCACCCAUCCCCAAGGAGCCGAGCAGCUACGACUUCGUGUACCACUACGGCUGAGCCGCGGGCAGCGAGCCCGCUCGGGCCGUGCGGCCGGGCCGCCGCUUGCUGCCGUGCCGCGGGCCCGGGGCGGGGGUCCCGGCGCCGCCCGCCUUUUGUAUCGGUUCAAUAAUAACCAGUAGCGCUCCUGGCC